AUGUCGACUUUUACCUCAGAUGUGCCAGCGUGGGAUGGAAAUCCUUCCACAUACCUUGCUUUCGAGGUAGCCUGCCGUUGGUAUGAGAAGACCCUCAAAGAGAAUGAGAGAAGAGGGGCUGCCGCUCGCGUGUGGUCGAAGCUGUCGGGUCCGGCGAGGUCGGUCGUGAAACACCUUAGCCCCGAAGACUUCGACACCGCAAAUGGCCUUGACAAGCUCCUUGAGGUUUUGCGCUCUUCGCCUCUCCAGUCGUUACCCAUACCUGAUUCGUUCUCGAAGUUGGAGCGGUGGCAUCAGCUGAAAAGACGCGAUCAGGAGACGAUUCCUGAGCUGCUGGUGCGUGAAGACGAACUCUUUCUUGAACUCCAACAGAGCCUUUUGAGGUCGCGGGCUCGGGACAAGCCUGUGCUGAUCAAGGCGCCUGUCGAGCCUGGCCCGGAGGGCGCGGCGUCACCUGGCGCAUCGCCCAGCUCUGCCAAGAAAGAGGAGAAGGACGAUGACGGCGAGAAGGCGGCGGAGAGCCCGACGACUCCGAUACCGGUCGUUCCUCGAGACGGGAUUAAGACUCUGGAUUUCUUCGACAACGAGCUGCGAGGUUUCAGAUUGCUAAAAGCUGCUGGCGUCUCCCAUUCUGAGAGACAACAGGUCUUGACCCUUACAGGGAACUCGGUGGCUUUCGAGAAGAUCCGCCAGGCGCUUCGCGCCUUGUUUGAUGAUACAGACCCUAGCUCCCGACGGCCCAAACAGCGCAUCUAUUGGGAGGACUACGAGGACUCUCCCCACAACUAUUUCGAUGAUGAUGUGACGGCUUACUGGGCCGCUUGGCCGGGAUAUGAGUCCUACUGGGCUUCCGGUGGCGAUGGCUGGGACGAGCCCGAGUGGGAAGAUGCCUGGCCGGACGACGAUCCCGCUUGGCAGGAGGAGAGCUACGUGGCCGAGGCGGACCAGAGCGAGAUUGCCGAGGACGAGGAGAGCCUAGUGAAUCAGGAAAAGGAGGCCUCGAUCCUUGCUGCCGAGGCGAACCGGACCUUAGCUGAGGCCCGGGCGGCGAUUCAGAAGGUGCGGUCGGCCAGGGGGUACUUUCCCUUGGGCGGCAAGACCGGCUCGAAGGGCCACUCACCUUCAAUGAAGGGCAAGGACAAGGGCAAGAAGGGAUUCGGCAAGGCAGGCGGCAAAUCUUCGAAGGGCAAGGGUUGCAUUUUGUGCGGCCGGACAGGCCACUACUUCCGAGAUUGCCCCGGCCGCUUAGCAAAGGGCAAGCCUGGAAAGGGGCCGAGCAAGGGAUCUGGUUCCUUUUGGGUCGAGCCCUACCACCAGAUCUACUUCUGUGGCGCGGGUGAGGAGGCCGAGUAUGCCGACGACGACCAGGCCGGGCCUCCCGAUUACCCGACUCCGGAUAAUGAGGACCUUGCGGCCCGCUCCGACGGCACGAUCAUGCCCUUUGAGAGCUUUGCUGGGCCCUUCGAUGGCACGAUCAGGCCCUUUGAGAGCUCCACCGGGCCCCUGGAUGUUGCGAUCCAGCCUUAUGACAACGCUGAGGUCUCAUGUGGCAGCACCAGGCAGGAAGUGAUCCCUCUGUUUGUGAUGUCGGUUGACACUUUGUACCACACCAUGUCUUCGGGAUCACCUGGUUUUGUGCUUGACACUGGCGCCACUGAGACGGCGAUAGGGGUCCAAACCUUGCAUGAUUUGCUGCAGGUGACCAGACUUAAGUACACAGUGGACACUUCUGAGAGGCCUGUGUUCCGUUUUGGCGACGGCAUGUCUCUGAGGGCGGCUUCGAAAGUGACUUUGCAUGGCACUUCGCUCGGGGCCGUUAGUUUCUUCGUGCUAGAUGGUGACCACCGACCUCAGACCAGGAAUGCCUCGUCAACCCCCGCAUUGAUUGGCAGCCGUUAUUUUCGUGAUCGCAGAGCCACAAUAUCUUAUGAACACAUGUCGUUGUGGUUUCUCGACUCGGCCAAUUCCUUGUGGGGCACCGACCUUUUGCAGACUCAGUCGGGGCAUCUCUUGGUACCGGUAGACAAUGACAUCAUGAACAUCACAGCCUUGCGUAGCAAAACGGAAGAGACCUACGGUGUUGUGUUGCCACCUGAUGCCCCGAGCUUGAUAGACCUUCUUUCGACCCCGGGGGCAGUGAAAGAGCUCAAGAAGAUCCAAGACCGCCGGGUUGAAAACAAAGGGGCAGUGCUGGCAGCUAGUGCGAGUGCAUCCGGCGACCAGGUGAGUGCCUCUGACCAGGGUGGAAGUUCAUCGGCUAUCUUGGUUGGCAACACCAGCGGUUCGUGUGAUCCUGUUCUCCGACCGUCUUUGGUUCAGAGACUUCGGAGCCUCCGACUUCGCUUAGGCUGCCUUGCUUUGAACCGUGACACCUCUGCCCCGCUUCAUGUCGAGCUCCAAGCUUCCCGCUCCCUCGGACGAUCCUCGGGUAUCGGGCUGGCCGUGCAAGGGCCGCCACAAUCCGAGCGGAAUCCGCCAGAAUCAGUGUGCGGCUUGCGGCUGUCUUACGACAAGAAGAAGGGCGGCCACGGGUACUCGAGGACGGCGGGACCACCGGCAGCACAUGUCGAGACGGCCCUCGAGGAGCUGCGCAUGGCGAUGCACGCGGAGGAGCUGACUGAGAGCAUCGUGAAGGGCAAGAUCAUGGAAGUGCAGGGCCGCAAAAUGACCCGGGGCGAGAAGGUUCGGGUGCAGACGUUGAUGGAGGAACGCGAGCCCUCACCAUCACCGCCGACGUGCGACAGUCGCCGGAGGCAGGGUGUGAAGAAGGAGACGGGCGGCCCGACGACCGCCCCGGCGAUGGCAUCGCUCCGUCCGAAGACGGGUGCCAAGCCUCCACUGACGAUCCCCUCGGAGGCCACGUCGAGCGAGAAGCCCAAGGACGAGCACUUCAAGGAGAUCCAGGAGGCCUGGAUGACCAUUCGCGACCAAGAGGAUCGCCUGCUUCUUCUCAAGACGCGGCUCCAAGAGGAGUUGGUGGCCAACGGCAAGGACCCGGAAAAGGAGUUCAACAAGAUGAGUUGGAUGGGCCAUGGGAAAUCAUCCCAUAUGAUCGGCAAGGGGGGCUUGGAGAGCCACUCGGGUGCCGAAGAUCGCGACAAUGAAGCCGGGAUCACCUAUGAGCUGAGGAGUCCUAAGACGGGGCACCUCAUUGAUCGCAAGGAGACGGCCAUCAGAGUUGUGAGUGAGAUUGUCCAGAAGGAGCCCUUCAUGGUGUGGUUGGCUCCUGCAGCUCGCCCAAGCAAACCUUGUGAUCCCUUGGAAAGCCCAGGACAGUGGAGGAACCGCCAACGGGCCCAGCGCCGGGCUCUGGAGGUCGCUGAAUCCUUGGCCGAGGCCGGAUGCCAACAACUUCGAGCCGGCCGCGAGUUCGUGUGGGAAUGGCCGCUUUCGGCAACUUAUGGUCGUGAUUGUGCGGCCCUGCGGAACCUCACAGCUGCGGCCACUGAGACCGGAAAGAAGCUGUGCGACUUCGUCAUUGAGGGCUGCGCGGAUCAUGAAGACCGCAGCGCUCAUGGCAAGCGGUGGCGGAUUAUAACUACGAGCCGCCAAGUUGCAGCUUCUCUUCGUCGUUGCCGGUGUCCGGGCCAUAAAGAACAUCCUGAUGAUCCUGGCCCUGUGCGUCUACCUCACCGCCUUCGUGAAGCUGCUCUAGAUGGAGUUCGCUGGGAGAUGCAGGGCGAUGACAACGACAUCCGCGAGGACCUUCGAUGCCUCUCGACUGGGGAGGAGAGGGCCUACGCCUUGUCCCGAGAGGGCACUGCGAUGCCUUUGGACAAGCCGUCCGGCAAGCGACUGGCCAUGGUCCGUGACCUGAUGAUGCGCAUCCACCGUGCCUCUGGGCAUGCUUCCUUCUCCAACUUGGCGAAGCUUCUGGAACGCAGAGGCAGCCCAAAGUGGGCUGUGGAAAUGGCGGCAGAGAUGACCUGCCCGGAUUGCGCGGAAACUCGGCGCCCACCUGGAGCGCCUGUGGCGAGUGCCGAUGAGCCGGCCAGUCUCUGGGAGGUUCUCGGGGCGGACGUUUUCGAGUACGAGUUCGUGAAGGACGGGAAACCCUUUAAGUGUAAGGCCCUGUUGAUGGUGGAUAGAGCGUCUCGGUAUGCCUCGACCUAUGUCUUCAGGGAGUUCCCGAGUGAUGAAUCGUGGGAGCCCGACACUUCUGAGAUCAAGAAGGCCAUUGUUGCAGGAUGGUUGGCACAUAACCCUGCGCCAAAGUGGCUGUUCACCGACGCUGCUCCAUACUUUACCAGUCGUGAAAUGCUGGACUUCGUUGGUCGCAGCGGGAUCGGGCUGUUAACCGCGCCGGCCGAAGCACACUGGCUUCUGGGCGUAGAAGAACGGACGAUUCAGAUCAUCAAGCGAGCCGCUGACAAGAUCGACAAGGAGGACCUCGGGCUAGGUGUUUCAGAGUUGUUGUCUCUCGCAUGCCACGGUCACAACUCUCAUAUUCAUUCUGCGACCGGGUAUUCGCCUUUCCAGUGGGCGAGGGGAUGGCAACGAGAAGAUUCUGUUCCGGUUGGGCUUGAUCCCAAGCGAGCUUUCUCUCGGACUCUGCUGUUGCGGGCUAAAGCUGAGACCGCCUUUGCCCGAGCUGACGCCGCUGAGAAACUGUCUCGUUUGAACAACACGGUUCAGAGGCCUACUGCCAAAUAUGACCCAGGAUCUCUCGUGAUGCUUUGGAGAGUUCGGGCCAAAGCUGGCCGCGGGGCCUGGACUGGCCCACUUCGUGUUCUUCUGCAGGAGGGCACCACCUUGUGGUUGGCGACUGGGUCCACCAUGGUGAAGGCCAAGACCAACCAGGUCAGAAAGUGCACUGAGCGUGAGACCUUGGUCGUGUCUACCCAAGGAGCCGUGGUUCACCGCACCGCGGUUGGGUUGGACAUUCUUUUGAGGGGCUAUCGCGGCAAGCAUUUUCUGGAUGCCACCCAGGAAAACCCGGGACAGGACCUCCUCGAGGACCUGGGGCCUGCAGAUGUUCAAGCUGAGCCUCCCCACCAGGAAGAUGCUCCACAAGGCCGUGGUGAAAGAGAUGUCUGGGAAAUCCGUGACAGCAUGUUGAUCCGGAAGCAUCGUGUACCACGCCUGACCUUGUUUACGCCGGUGAGAAUCAAGGACCUACCAGUACUUGAAGAUCACCUUUCUGGGAGAAGACGCACUGUGUUGCAGUCUCCUGGCGGCGGAAACGUCAUCGAGGACAACUACAAGACUGACCCGAAGCCUGCGAGGUCAAUGAUGGACCGCUGGCGAGGCGAGACCCAGUUUGAGAUCUUGCCGGAGCACUGUGCUAAAUACCUGCCAGCGCGUGACCCAGAUCUGGCCCGACGGCCGGAAGAGUCAGCGAGGAAGGCUCCACGCCUUCAGGGUCCCGAGGCGAGCUCUUCCAGUUCACCACCUCCUCUUCCUGAACAUGAUCCUCUUGAAGAUCUUCCGGUUCCAGCCUCUCAGUCUGGAAUUGCCGCGGAGAUCGGUGAUGAUGAACCUCCUGUUCCUGACACUCCGGUGCCACCUGAGUUUUCUCGAGGAGAGCGAAGCGGAAACGCUCCUCUCUUCCGUGGUGGCUCUGAGCAACAGCUACCUGAACAGCCUGAGUUUCUUGAGGAGGAGCACGCGAGCGCGGCACCCUACUCAACCUCUGAGGAAUCCUCCGACGAGGAGCUCCUGCCAGACGGUGACGGGAUGAAGGGCAUCAGCUUCGUCGAGGACGUGCCGAGUCACGCUGCCUAUGCGUGCGAGAUGGAGAUGACGGACCAGGACUUGAAGCGUGUCAGGAAGCGGCCGCGGAAAGCCGCUGUGUGGCUCUCCCAAAAGAUGAGCGAGAAGUCGCGCGAGGUCAGUUGGCGGUCGCUCACGGAGGAGGAGAAGCGCGAGUACGACGAGGCUCAGGCUGUCGAGGUGACCAACGUGGUUCGCGAAGCAGCCAUCCGUGCCCUCUCAGCACAAGAGCUGCAAGACGUUGACAUGAAGAAUGUCAUGGCUAUGAGAUGGGUACUUACCCGUAAGCAGAGCGGGAAAGCCAAGGCGAGACUUGUGGUGCUUGGAUACCAGGCGCACAACUUGACAAGCGUCGAGACAUCGGCGCCCACUCUCUCGAGAACUGGGAGAAACGUGCUUUUGGCUACUGCGGCGAACCACCACUUCACCCUUGAGAGCGGGGAUGUGACGAGCGCGUUCCUGCAGACCAUGAAGAGCCUGGAAUCAGAGAACCUGCUGGUGUUCGCGCCGGUGGAGCUGGCUGUCAUGUUCGGCGCUGACCCCAAGGAUGCUGGGAUGAUCAUGAAACUUACAAAAGCCUUCUACGGGCUGGUUCAUGCACCCCGCCGUUGGCACGAGGCAGUUGUUGAAGCCCUGACCCGCAGUGGCUGGAAGCAGCUGAAAAGCGACAGGUGCAUUUUUGCUCUGUACUCGCCCGAUGGCUCCCUUGUCGGCAUUGCCGGGGUUCACGUCGACGAUUUCUUGAUCGCCGGCCUCGAGUCGAGUGAGAUCUACAAGCGUGCCAAGCAGGAUCUCCAGAACACUUUCCGGUUCGGGAAAUGGGACUCUGCGAAAGGGCCGGGCUUCGACUUUGCUGGUUGCCAUGUGUGGCAAGACGAGAGAGGGAUCCACAUGAAUCAAGAAGAAUACGUCCGAGACUGGAUCCAAGAAAUCCCUUUGAGUUCCACGCGGGCUCAGCAGUUGAACUCUCCAGCUACUCCUCACGAGAUCUCCGAACUCCGAGGGGCUCUUGGCACUCUCUCCUGGAAAGCUUCUCAGACUGGACCGCAGUUUCAGGCGGCCAUCUCCUUGAAGUUGUCUGAGAUUCCCUUUGCCUCUGUGAGAACCAUUGUCGAAGUGAACAAACUCGUUCGGGAAGUUCGUAAGACUGCCAAACAGAGGAUCACGUUUCCUGCAUGGAACUACCCCUGGCAGGACAUCGCGACCGUCGUUUGGGCGGACGCUUCACAAGGCAAUCGGCCCAACAAAUCGUCUACUGUGGGUCUCAUGGCUUGUCUUGGGCCAAGUGAGAUCAAAGACGGUUCUGAGGUGCCACUCGCGAUGAUCUCGUGGAGAAGCUCGAAGGCGCCAAGGGAGAGUUUAGGCUCUAACGGGUCUGAAGUGCAAGCUCUGACGGUGGGUGAAGACACUGUAUUCCUCAUUCGUGCUAUGUGGCUUGAAGUUCACGGCAUAGAACUCCAUAGGGACACGCUUCACGAGACCGUCCGUGACAAUAGCAUCGGGAUCCUGGUGACGGACAGCAAGGGGAUUUAUGAUGCUUUUACACGAAAUGUCUCGUCGUUGCAUGGUUUGAGAUCGAGUCGUGCAGGCUUCGAGUUGACUGUGGCGGUUCAACAAGCGAUGCAGUUGCAAACUCACCUGAGGUGGGUCAAUGGAGAAGCUCAGCUUGCAGAUGGGCUGACGAAGGACACCGCUACUGCUCGGAAAGGCCUACUGAGUUUUCUUGCAAACGGGCAGCGCUGGUCUGUAGUGUAUGAUCCGAAGUUUACGGCUGCCAAGAAAGUCCGCAAGACGGAUCUUCAGAAAGCGCUCAAGGAGCGCGAAGAAGCAUUUAUUGCUUCAGUCCGUGCUUUCAGCAAGCAGGAACGAUACCCAUGGUACCUUGAUGACAUCGUUGAAGUGUACGAGGAUUUGCACCCUGAAAACCUCAGGAAAAUGUUAGCGAUGUGA